GUUAACAUACCGGUCACACAAGCCUGAGUUAACAAGGAAUGUGAGGCUCACAGCUCAUUCAUACUUUUGAGCACUUGUUUUACAGGGGGCUUUCCCCUAAUUUGUAGAGUAUUGUGGAAAGCAAAGGUCUUGCGGUUUAAACGUUUAAAAUACUUUUGAGAAACAUGAGCUGUGCCUAACUGAAACUCAUUUUAAACAUUGGUGUGAAGAAAGAGGUUUGGACAUUCACCCUUGGACUCAACCCCUUCAGUCACUUGACUGAAGUUUUUUCUUCUUCCUCUUUUUCUCUCUCUCUCUCUCUCUCUCUCUCCCUCUCUCUCUCCAAAGCUCUUUUUGGUUUCCCCACUGCAGGAACUAGAUUUUCCCUGCUCUCUUGUUGCUGUCCGUUUCUUUUUGUUUGUUUUCCUAUUUGGAAUUCUGGGUAAGGAAGGAUGAGUGUCCGCCUGUUUGAAGGGAAAGAGCAUGCUCUCUCCUACUGGAAAUAUAGGAUCUCUCCAUCAGAAGAAAUCAUCAACAAGAUUUUAGUCUUCCUGGAAAAACAUAGGAGUCGGCCCUUUGAGCUGGUGGUGGAUGUGGGCUGUGGGUCGGGGCAGGGCACUGUGCUGCUUGGCCCACACUUCUCCAAAGCAGUGGGGACCGACGUUAGUCCGGCACAGCUGGAGAUGGCCCGUCAGCAUUCCUCAGCUGAGAAUAUCACCUACAGAGAAUGCCCUGCUGAGGAACUUCCUUUUGAAAAUGCCACAGUGGACCUUGUGACGAGCAUGUCAGCAUUUCACUGGUUUGACCAUCCGCGCUUCCUCAAAGAGGCAGACAGGAUAUUGAAGCCUAAAGGUUGCCUGGCACUCCUAAACUACACCAUCAAUGAUAUGGAGCUUAGCUACGGAGACUGCUCAAAUGCUCUCAGUCAAAUCUGCAAGGAGUUUGCUGAUGCCCUCAUGCCAUACAGAAACCCGUACCUGGGCACUACCUCGAUGGACCAUUACAAGAAAGCCUAUAAUGCGCUUGAAUACCUUGACAAGGAAUGGCAUGAAACCCUUCAGACAAGAAAGACUGUUUCUGUGUCCAACUAUAUUGGAUUGGUAGAAUCCUUCUCUCCCUACCAGACUAUUUUACGUGAAGACCCAGAGAAGGCCAGAAGACUUUCCCAAGACACAACUGAGAGGUUGCUUAAGGCGAUGGGGGUGACGUCUCCAGACACAGAAAUUGUCUUGUCCGUCAGGUAUUACUGUCUGUUGGCCUGCAAACCCUAGCUGGUUGAGUUUGCAGGAGACCUAACAUCUUAACAGUUGGGCUUCUGUUUCAACACUCCUGAGAGGCCGAUGGAACAUCAUUUGUUGUGGGCAUGGAACUGUAAAUGUUACCUUUUUUCCAUUUUUUUUUUUUUUGUCAACAUAAAUCCACAAUUUCUAUUUGAGCUGGAUAUUCAUGAAAACAUUUGUAGCGUUGGCACUGCUCAUUCUGUUGAUGAAAUGAAUGUAAAUGGUUAUGUAAUUUGCUUUUGGCCACUUCUAAAGUUGCCCCCACCCCCC